UCCAACUAUUGCAGAAUCUUCCUCUGUAAUCUCAUCUCAAUUUUAUACUAUCAAAUCUUUGAAAAGGUUGAUUCUGCCUCAUAAAAUAACUUGUAAUUGUCAUUUUUCCUUCUUAAUGUUUGGUUUAAAUGGAUUCAACUAACUUGCCAAACAAGAUUGUGGCUCGAAUUAUGCUCUGAAACGUCAUAUUCUUCUGUUUUUUCAUCUCUUUGUUCAUCAAUGAUUCGAACCCAGAUGAAAUUUCUGGCCAAAUGUUCGAGUUCUUCUUUGAUUUCCCUUUCCCUUGUGGUUCUUUAAUCGUUUCUUGCCUUUUCAUGGAGACCCAUUAGCCAUUUUUGGCAGUUUUGAGUGUUCUUGAGUGUUCUUGGUUUAGUUUUUGGAUAUGGCGAUUCGAGGGAUCGAUUUCAAAUGGUACGAUGGAUUCUUCUUGUCAAUGCUUGCUACUAGCAUAAUAAUUGUGACUAUCAAUUGGAGGCGGUACAAUACAUGUAGAUAUCCGUUGCACGUAUGGAUCGUGGUUGAUUAUACCUCUGUGUUUGCUUUUCGCCUUUUGCUGUUCAUAGAUAAUGCACUUUCAGCUGGAAUGGGAUUGGAUUUUGGAUGGCUCCAACAAUAUGCUCAGUUUUGUGGAAGAGUUGUGGUUCUUUCUAUUCUCUCUAUAUUCCUCUACCCGUUUUUAUGUGCGUGGACUGUAAUCGGUACCCUAUGGUUUCGAGACGCUAAAGACUGUUUGCCCGAAGAAGGACAGAAAUGGGGCUUCCUCAUUUGGUUGCUUUUCAGCUACUGUGCCCUUCUUUGCAUUGCUUGCAUGUCAGUUGGAAAGUGGUUAGCGCGUCGACAAGCACACUUGUUACGUGCCCAACAAGGCGUCCCCGUGUCUGAAUAUGGGGUACUUGUUGAUAUGAUUCGGGUUCCUGAUUGGGCGUUUGAAGCUGCAGGACUGGAAAUACGAGGCGUUGGGCAAGAUGCUAUGGGGUACCAUCCCGGGCUUUUCUUAACCUCAGCUCAGAGGGAAGCUGUGGAAGCUCUCAUCCAAGAACUUCCGAAGUUCGGGCUGAAGGCGGUCCCGACGGAUUGCAGUGAAUGCCCGAUUUGCCUUGAAGAGUUCCAUGUAGGGAAUGAGGUUCGCGGUAUGCCGUGUGCUCACAACUUCCAUGUCGAAUGUAUCGACGAGUGGCUUCGUCUGAAUGUCAAAUGUCCUCGGUGCCGCUCCUCCAUCUUCCCAAAUCUCGACCUCAAUGCUCUUUCUAACCUGCACUUGGACACAGAACAAACAUCUGCCAAUCGACCUUCAGCCACUCAUUUCGACAGCAUCGAGAACGGUAGCUCGCCCGUGCCAUCUGCUUCUUGACAUUGAUCGUGUACAGACUGAACCCGCCUUUUUGGUCACUAAAACUUCCCAGCUCCUUCAACCCCGGAGACCUACCUACCAUGAAUCCUGCAUAAUCAGUAACCCUCACAUCGGUUGGAGAUGGGAACAAAACAAUCCUUACUAGGGUGUGAAAACCUCUCCAUGGCAUACACGUUUUAAAAUCGUGAGGCUGACAGCAAUACAUAAUGACCCAAAACGGACAAUAUCUGUUAGCGGUGGACUUGGGCUGUUACACGUCUAUAGUUGUACGGUAAACCCGAUGCAGGUUUGGAAGAAGGGGAAGAGGACAGAUUUGCAGAGUGAGUCAACUUUUUGUUAGGUUUCCAAAGAUGGUUAUAAAAUGCUUAUGAACUCUGACAGUGACCUUCAAAGCUUGAGGCAUGGAGGAAACAGGAGUUCACGUGGGUUUCUUCCAUUAGCCCAUGUUCAUAGCUCGUGGUUCGUACAGAUUCCUCACUACCUGACAAACAUUCCCCGCCCUCUCUUGUUCUUUUCUUAAGUUUAGAACACUAAUCAUAUACAUUAUUACGAGCUUAAAUGCCCGUUGUCUUGAGCGUGGCACUCGUCGUGGUUUGUAUCAAAUCGAUCGUGAUCUCAUUUUGUUUGUGAGGAAAUUGGAAUUGAACUCAAUCAUGACUUGUUUGACUCGAGACAGGUUUGUCAUGAGAAUAGUGAGAUUUGAUCUCAACUC